UUUAGUCAAAUCCUAGAGUUCAUACUUAUUAUCCGAUUUUCUUUUCAGUCGAUGGAAGUGAGGGCAUGGUGCGUUUAGUCGGUGGUCGUCGACCAGGAGAGGGUCGCGUUGAGAUCUACCACCACGGCAUCUGGGGGACGGUAUGCGACGACUUCUGGGACAUCAGGGAGGCCGAUGUCGUGUGUCGUCAGCUGGGGUUCAGCGGAGCUUCAGAGCCCAUGAGAGGGGGUGUGUUCGGCAUGGGGAACAGCAGAAUACACCUGGAUGACGUCACGUGCGAAGGGACGGAGAAGGUGUUGUCGAACUGCUCCCAUGCGCCGUGGAAUGACCAUAACUGUCUGCACGGCGAGGACGCGGGCGUCAUUUGCCACUCUUUAGAAGGAGCCAUCCGACUAGUUGACGGGAUCCAACCCAACGAAGGGCGAGUCGAGGUCUACUUGGAAGGCUCCUGGGGUACCGUCUGUGAUCACCACUGGGACAUCCGCGAUGCCAAUGUCGUCUGUAAUUUCCUUGGACACCAUAAAGCCAUCCAAGCUCCUGGAGGGGCCUAUUUCGGCAGAGGAUCGGGUCCUAUCAACCUGAAUCGGAUGUUCUGCAAAGGAGAAGAAGGAUCGUUACUCCAGUGCUCUCAUUGGCCGGUCGAUGAUGACUGCACCCAUGAUAACGACGCAGGCGUCAUUUGUCUUAACAGCCGUAUGUAUUCCAUUGCACACGAGGCGUUAUUUCGAUUGCGUUAUUACUUGCGCUAAUCAAACCUCCUGUGGACGUGAUAGCAAUUAGCCCAUACGUCAG